CUGCUUUGUAAUGCUGUGUAUGAGCGCUAGAGGCGCUACCCCCUUCCCUUCAGCGUGGGUGCAUUGGUUUUGACCAGAAGUGCCACAGCUAAUAUCAACACGAGGUUAUUGUAGGUACUCACUAAUAGCGUCUGUCCUCCGAAUGACGCCGACGGUGAAGAAGAAGACUUCUCUGGAAAUGGAUGUGACGGAUAUAAAUCAUCACUCUAAUCAUCUUAAAGAAUCGAAUGGUUUUAAAGAUAAAGAUCCAGACUGCCAAAAUGGUUCAGAAACAGAGGACGAGCCUUUGCUGCAGGAAAACCCCAGGCGGUUCGUCAUGUUCCCCAUCCAGUAUCCGGACAUCUGGAAGAUGUACAAGCAGGCACAAGCCUCUUUCUGGACGGUGGAGGAAGUUGACCUAUCCAAAGACCUGGAACACUGGGACCGUUUGAAGCCUGAGGAGAAACAUUUCAUCUCCUAUGUGCUUGCUUUCUUUGCUGCCAGUGAUGGUAUCGUCAAUGAGAACCUGGUACAGAGGUUCAGCCAGGAGGUGCAGGUUCCUGAAGCACGGUCCUUCUAUAGCUUCCAGAUGCUCAUAGAAACUGUUCACUCUGAGAUGUACAGCAUGCUCAUCAACACUUAUAUUAGGGACCUGAAGGAGAGGGACUAUUUGUUUAACGCCAUUCAGACCAUGCCGUGUGUGAAACAAAAAGCAGACUGGGCCCUCCAAUGGAUAAAUGACAAUAAAUCCACAUUUGGGGAGCGAAUUGUGGCUUUUGCAGCUGUGGAAGGCAUCUUCUUCUCUGGCUCAUUUGCUGCUAUCUAUUGGCUCAAAAAGAGGGGCCUAAUGCCCGGUCUUACCUACUCCAACGAGCUGAUCAGCAGGGAUGAGGGCCUGCACUGUAACUUUGCCUGCCUGUUAUACAGCUACCUGCUGAAAAAGCCAUCAGAGGACAGAGUGAAGGAUAUCAUCGCCAAAGCGGUUAGCAUUGAACAGGAGUUUUUGACUGAGGCCUUGUCAGUGGAUCUUAUUGGAAUCAACAGCUGUCUGAUGAAACAGUACAUCGAGUUUGUGGCCGACCGGCUUCUCACUGACCUCGGGCUGGCUAAGGUUUACCAAGCUGAGAAUCCUUUUGACUUCAUGGAGUCCAUUUCACUGGAGGGGAAAACCAACUUCUUUGAGAAACGAGUAGCAGAGUAUCAGAGAUUUGGAGUCAUGUCAAGCAUGAUGGACUGUGAAUUCACUCUUGAUGCUGACUUCUGAAACUGAUCUGACAUCUAGUUACAUUUUCUUUUCUUUAACAACUUUAUUUAUUUUGCUCUUGUGGAGCUGGCAAAACAAUUUCUUAUCAUAGAAAGCUGUUAUAAUACUGUCACAAUAUUACAAAAAACAAAUGAAUGGUGACAGCUUAAAGCUUUAUUAAAUUAUAAAUAAGUUGUGUGAGAGACAGCAGUUUUGUACUGUAACCUUAUUAACACCUAAAGAUGGUAAAUAUCUAGAAUAUAUUUUAUUGAGUCUGCAGUUCUGGGUGCUGGCUUCUAUAGUGAACUGUUUUAACAUUGUUAUUUUAAUGUAGAAUAAAAUGUUUUAUAAGAAGAAAUUCUUCAGUGUAAUUAC